UUUUGUAAAUUGCUGUGAAAGAGUGAAAAACAAUUUUUUGGAAGUGAAAAUUUCAACAAAUUUAAUAAGAUUUUUCUAUAAUUACUUUAAGAAAAACAAACAUUAAAGCUAUGGCUGUUUAGAUUAAUGAAAUUUUUUAACAAACAUAAAGUGUGAAACUGAAAUAAAGGCAUUUGCAAAAAGUCAAAAUUAAAGGAAAAAAUCUCAAAGAGAAAGUGUCUAAAGAAAGAAGAGAGUGAAAAAAUAAAAAUAAAUAAUAGUCUUUUAACAAAAUAAAUGCAAAAAUUCAAAAGGAAAAGAAAAAUUUAUUGCAAAAUUUUCUUUUGUUAAAUAAUACAAUUUAAUGGGCAAUGCUAAAUCGAGGAAUUAUAAUAAAUCCAAUAAAAUUGAAAAAGAAAAUUCUAGGAAUUUAAAAUCAACUAAAUUAACAACAACAGAAACAACGUAUAAAAAAGAGGAUAAUAAUAGUAAUAACGUUGGUGGGACGACAACAAUAACUGCUACUACUACUAGUUCAACUAAUACUACUGUGGGUGGUCCAUGGUAUGAGGAGGUUGGAAAUAAAACAACAGCUAGUUCUAACAAAGCACUAAAAGAUCCCCAACAAAUAGCAAUACAACCACAGCAACAACAUUAUAAACAUAAAGCAGCUGAUAAUUCAGCUGCCUCAGCAGUUGCAGAGCAGCAACGUUUAAAACAGGCCUCUUCAUUGUGGAGUUUGGGUAGCCUUAAUUGGAAUCUAUCCUAUUCGGUUCGCAAUUCUUUUAAACAACGUCAAAAAUCUUCUAGAAAAAGUUUUAGUACUUUACAACAAUAUCAACAACGCAAACGUUCUAAAACUCAAUGGCAUAAACCAUUAACAAAUGCCAUUUUCAGUUCACACUUUAAAGAGUCGAGUCGUAACGAAGAAUUUCAUAUUGAUCAAUUGGUAGCUAAGGGUGCAUUUGGUGUUGUUUUCAAAGUAAUUGAUAAGACAUCUUUAAAACAAGUAGAAGAACAACAACAACAGCAGCAGCAUCAAGUGGAACAUAUAAAUAAAAAUAAUUUUGCAGCAUUUUCUGCUGUUUCAACUUGUGCCCCCGUUUAUGCUUUAAAAGUUUUAAAGAAAUCAAAAAUUAUUUCGGAGAAUAGCUUGCAACAACUUAAAGACGAAGUUGAUAUACAAAAACUUUGUGGCCAUCAUCCAUUUAUUGUUAAACAAUUUGAUUUAUGGCAAAAUCGUUAUAAUUUACAUAUACUUUCGGAAUACAUACCAAACGGCGAACUAUUCUCUACAAUACGUACAUUCUCUAUAAAUUUAAUACGUUUGUAUUUGGCGGAAAUUGCUUUGGCUUUGGAUUUUCUACACAACGCUGGCAUUAUUUAUCGUGAUGCUAAACCAGAAAACAUACUAUUAACACAAGAUUAUCAUAUAAAAUUAACCGAUUUUGGUCUCAGCAAGUGGUUAAAAUUGGGUUUAACAACAAAAACUAUGUGUGGAACAUUUCAAUAUAUGGCUCCCGAAAUUUUGCGCGGUGAAGCUUAUACUCAUGCAGUCGAUUGGUGGUCUUUAGGUAUAAUUGUUUGUCAAAUGUUUGUUGAAAAGAGUCCUGAUAUCAGACAAUUUAUUACCAUCAAUUUACCACAACAUUUACAACCAAAAGACCAAGUGGAUAAUACCGGACAUUUGCAAUUAAAUGACAGCGAAAAGUUUGUGACGGCCAAGGAAUGUGAAACCAAUUUACUUGAUGUGGCCAAUUUUCUACCUGAAGAAGUUGCUGGUUUAUGUCAUGAGGCUAAAGACGUUUUGAAACGUCUACUGGAAUUCGAUGCUCAAAAGCGUAUACGCUCGGUUAGAGCUUUACAAAGAAUCGCCAUUUUUAAGGACUUUAAAAUUGAAGCUCAACAUUGUUUAAAGAUUCGUCCUCUAGAUAUUAUCACUUCCGAUAAUAUUGUUAUUAGAAAAACAAAUGAUUCCAUAGAAAAUUUUCAUAAUGCUGAUAAAGCAUUUAAGAAUUUUUAAUAUUUUAUUUUGUUUUGAACAUUGACAGAUUAGCACAUGUUUAACUUUUCCACAACCAGUAUUGUAUUGUUGUACCUAAAAAAAUUUUUCCUAACAACUUGUAUAUUACACAAUUAUGUUCUUUUUUGAAUUCUAAUCGUGUAAAUCUGUCAAAAUAUUGGAAUAAACUAUAUAUUCAACAUCGAA